AUGAAGAGGAGACGACUGGAUGGUUUCCUCUUGGAGGUUUUAGUCCGUAUCGGACUUCUGCUUAUUUUCCUUGUGACGGAGCAGCUCCCUCCAUUUACGCGUCAGAUCCAGGCAGAGGAGAUGUGGCUCUAUAAGUUCCACCAUGUCGAGGCGGAUCAUGUCCCCACCUCUCUCAUGUUUACUAUCGCUUGUUUCACCCCUAUCCUUGUCAUCUUUGCUUUCACACUCAUGAAGAGGACACAACAUGGGGAUUUCAAAGAGGCCUGUCUUGCUGUGUCUCUGACCCUGGUGUUAAAUGGAGUUUUCACAAAUGUCAUCAAGCUGAUUGUUGGCAGGCCUCGACCAGACUUCUUCCACCGCUGUUUCCCCGACGGCCAUGAGAACCCAGAGCUGCGCUGCACUGGAGACCCAGACUCUGUCAUCGAGGGCAGAAAGAGUUUCCCCAGUGGACAUUCUUCAUUUGCUUUUGCAGGACUUGGGUUCACGGCUUUCUACAUCGCGGGAAAACUCCACUGCUUCAGCUCGGUGGGAAAAGGCCGAUCGUGGCGUCUCUGUGCGUUCCUCUGUCCGUUACUCGUGGCCACCGUGAUCGCUCUGUCCAGAACCUGUGACUACAAACACCACUGGCAAGAUGUGGUGGUCGGCUCGGUCCUGGGACUGGCCUUCGCGUGGCUCUGUUACCGGCAGCACUUCCCGGCCCUCCAGGACCCGGACUGCCACCGGCCCCUGAGCCACAGAGAGAAUGUUCCGUCUGCUCAGGAACGCAAGCUCACCGACUUCAGCUACACCCUGCCUCUGUAG